ACAGAUAUAUUUUGAAUGUUACUGUGCUUUUAUCAAUCCAGAUUUUUUUUAGUCAAAAUAUUUGGACUUUACGGUGGAACUUCGUAUUCAACAACGAUCAGUAAACCUGAAGAGUUCAUUCGUCAAAAUGCGAGUAAGUUUGCUCUACUACAUGCAAGAACACUCAGUAGGAAGUUUAAGAAUGAAGUUGGGUUUCCACUUUUACAGUCUGCUAGGUUAGCUGCAGGUCUUCAGUGUGGUGGUUUAAUAUCUCUUCCUCCUGAGAUUCUCCUACAGAUAUUCUACAAUCUGGAUUUAAAAUCAUCCAUUAAUCUUGGUCAAACAUGUUCGGAGUUGAAUAUACUAAGCAAGGACUCUUCUAUAUGGAAAAUCUUUCUCAAACGAGACUUCAGUAAUCUAGGUGGUGGAGAGGAUCCCCGUAAUCUUUAUAUUACUCUUCACAGAAGCAGAACAUCAAGAUCCCGUCAUCCUCCAAUCCUCCCUCUCAAUCCUCUUAAUCCAUUCCCGGACCCAGAGUACCCAGACUUUCCGCCCGAUCCCUUCAAUCCCCCGGGGAUUAUCGGCGGGGAUUAUGAUUUGUAUCCGUUUUUAAAUCCAAGAGGAGGAUUACGUGGAGGGUUUAGACCUAGGUUUGAUCCGCCGGGGCCUAAUUUCCCCCGCCGUGGUCCGCCUAGGUUUGGUCCACCAGGCGGUGGAGGGUUUGGAGGCGGGUUUGGUGGAUUUUUCUAAGUUGUAAGUUUACUGUUACCAACCUGGGUGCAUUUGAUGGCUGUGUCCAAUUGACGUAGUAAAAAUUUAAUAUAUUAAUAUUGUUAUUAUUAUGGUUGUUAUAAUUGCA